AUGACGCAGAAACCCGUCCUCAUAUCGGGCGCCGGCCUCGCCUCUCUCCUUCUCGCGCGCUCCCUCCUUCGCUCCAACAUCCCCUUCCAGGUCUUCGAGCGCGAUGCCUCCCUCACCUUCCGUGGUCAGGGCUACCGUCUGCGCCUGUCCUCCGAGGGCCUCGACGCGAUCGAGUCCGUCCUGGACCCGGUGGCGUUUCGGCGUUUCUACGACUGUUGCGGGAAGACGGCCGGGAGCGGGUUCCUGGGGUUUGAUGCUAUCACGGGCGAAGUGAUCGAGGAGCACAAAAUGGGCGAGCAACUUGGGUCGCGAGAGGGCAAGGUCGUGGGCAUCGCUCGCGGAGACAUGAGGCGUCUGUUCAUGGAAGAAUGCGAGGAGUUUGUACACUUUAAUAAGCACGUCAAAAGCUACGAGUUGACCGCUGAUGGAGUUCGAGCCGUCUUUGCGGACGGGACCAAAUCCGUCGAAGGCUCCCUCCUCGUCGGAGGCGAGGGUAUCAACUCGACCGUUGCCAAGCAGCUAUCUGGUGGCCGUCUCAAGGUCUACGACCUCGGCGCCCGAGGCAUUCACGGACAGGCGCCGACCACGGCGUUCAGGGCCCUGGGUGAGGGAGUCUUCCGGAUCGUCGACACGUCCAAUCCCCGCGGCCGCGUCUCCAUCAUCACCAACGUCCGACCCAAUGACAUGGACAACCCCGACGUCUGGUUCGGGUGGACCAUGUCCGGCCUGCCGGGGGUCAUCAAGGCGCCGAAUGACGAUUACACGAUCGUCGGCAAGGUCGCGGCCGAUAUUGCCAAGUCGCUGACGAAGAACUGGAACCCGCGCUUCAAACCUCUCUUCGACCAGAUGAACGAGUCCGAGGCCGCCUUCUGGAAAAUCACCUGCUCGUCCCCGAGCGGCGUGCCGGAAUGGCCCAACGAGGCGCGCGUCACGGUCAUCGGCGACGCGGCGCACUCGAUGACUCCCGCGGGCGGCAUCGGCGCGAACACGGCCGUGCGGGAUUCGGCACUGCUGGGACGGUUACUGCGCGAGGCCGGUGGGUUCAAAGAGGGCGUCACGGCUGCCUACGAGAAGGAAAUGAGAGUCUAUGCCAGCGACGCCGUGAGGGCGAGCUAUGGCAUGGCCACCAAGGCGUUUCAGGUCCACAUUGACGAGUCGUCUCAAACGAUUCAGGGGGCAUAG